CGGUAGAGAGCCGGAAAGUGACGUAUUUGUUCUACGUGUCCGGAAGUUCUAGAGUCAACAUGGCGGCACAACAGGGUGAUGUUGAUGAGCUCUUCGAUGUCAAAAAUGCCUAUUAUAUCGGCAGUUAUCAACAAUGUAUCAACGAGGCUCAGAAGGUGAAGCCGUCAUCACCAGAGAAGGAGACCGAAAGGGACAUGUUUUUGUACCGAGCAUACAUCGCCCAGAGAAAGUAUGCUGUAGUCCUGGAUGACAUCAAGGGCAGCUCUCCGCCCGAGCUUCAGGCUGUCAGGAUGUUUGCUGAGUAUCUGUCCAGUGAAAACAAAAGGGAUGCUAUUGUUGCUGAUCUAGACAAGAAGAUGGCGAAGAGUGUGGAUGCUGCCAACACCACCUUCCUCCUCAUGGCUGCCUCCAUCUAUCACCAUGAGAUGAACACCGAUGCUGCUCUCAGGACUCUGCACCAAGGAGAAAGCUUGGAGUGUAUGGCCAUGUCCAUUCAGGUGUUGCUGAGUCUGGAUCGUGUUGACCUGGCAAGGAAAGAGCUGAAGAAGAUGCAGGAGCAGGAUGAGGAUGCAACUCUAACCCAGCUGGCCACAGCCUGGGUUAAUAUUGCUGUGGGUGGAGAGAAGCUGCAGGAUGCCUACUACAUUUUCCAGGAGAUGUCAGACAAGUACUCAUCCACACUGCUGCUCCUCAACGGGCAGGCAGCCUGUUACAUGGCUCAGAACAAGUGGGAGGAGGCCGAGGGAGUGCUACAGGAGGCACUUGACAAGGACAGCAGUCACCCUGAGACGUUGAUCAACCUCAUCGUGCUGACCCAGCACCUGGGCAAAGCUCCCGAGGUAACCAAUCGGUACCUUUCUCAGCUGAAGGAUGCACACAGAGCCCAUCCUUUCCUCAAGGACUAUUUAGCCAAGGAGAAUGAGUUUGACAGACUAGUGAUGCAGUACGCUCCCACUGCCACAGCAUAAGACACCUGCUCAGACCUCAGUACAACACCAUGAAGCACCAACAGUCUCUUUCUCUCUCACCUGUAUUUGUUUUGAUAUUUUUACUUGUAUUAUUUAACCAGACCAGAAGUCUUGUGCUCCUUUGGGUGCUCCAGAUGACAUGUCUGGCUUUAGUAUCCAUGCUUUAUCCAUGCAUUUCUGCUAUUGAAAAUUAGGGGUAGACUGAUUAUCGGGCCGAUAUUCAGCAUUUUUAUGAUUAUUAGUGUCUGAUUGCUGAUAAAAUAAAAUAAAAAAAUCAAUAAAAAUGCAGUACUUUGGCUCUGAUACGUCAUCCUUUCUGUGGUCUCUUUGUCCACAACAAUAGAUGAUCAGCACUGAAUAAUCUGAAUUUGCUUGUAAUUUCUAUCAAAUAAAUGCAGUGUUAGGAAGCAGAAAAUGGUAAUACUGAAGCAAAGUACCACCAAAUUGUACAGUCCAGUAAUUGAGUAAAUUGUAGUUUAUUACAGUCCAUCACUGGUCAUUCACGACAAGAGUCUUAUUUUUUGGUAAAUGGACUAUUUUGUUUCCAGUUAUCGGCUAUCAGUCUGAUUCCUGGAUUACUAAUAAUCACUAGUGGCCCUAUAUCGGUUGACCCCUAUUAAAAAAUCAACACUUCUGUUUAAGUGAGCAUUCCUUUUGAAAAUGAUAAUAAAUGUUUAAUACCUGU